UUUUUCUUUAACAAAAUGAAUAUAAACUCAUUAUCCGAUUUCAAAAUUCCCGAUGUUUGGGAGGUUAAGGUAGAGUUUUUAUAUUUUAAUGAAUGAGGCCUAACAGCAUAUAUUACUGUAAACAGGAUGCCAUCAAUAAAAUGAAAAGUGUGGUUUUGAAUUACACCGAAAUGGAGGCCAAAGUUCAUGAGGCUACUAACAAUGACCCCUGGGGUGCUUCUAGUACGCUUAUGCAAGAACUUGCUCAAGGAACUUAUAGUUACCAACAUUUCAAUGAAAUCAUGCCAACUGUUUACAGAAGAUUUACAGAAAAGGAGUCCAAACAGUGGAGACAAAUUUAUAAGGCAUUGGUACUUUUGGAAUAUCUUAUCAAAAACGGUUCUGAACGUGUAGUUGACGACGCUCGCUCUCAUGUAUCUAUGAUCAAAGUUAUGCGCAACUUUUACUAUAUUGAUGAUAAGGGAAAAGAUGAAGGAUUAAAUGUGCGUAACAGAGCAAAGGAAAUUGUCGAGUUAUUGAGCAGCACAGAUAAAAUUAGAACAGAGCGCAAAUUAGCGAAAAAGAACCGCAACAAGUACAUUGGUGUUGGUUCAGAUAGUGCACCUAGUAGCAGAUCUCUCGGAUUUGCUUCUACUGCUACAGGAGGAUCCAAAUACGUAGGCUUCGGAAGCGCAUCGCUAGGAGGUGGAAGCGGAGGAGGAUUAAGUUUCAAUGGCGACGCUAUGAGCUAUGGUGAAGCGGGAUAUCCCAAACAGAGCGGUAAAUAUGACCAAGAUGAUGAUGGUUUAUAUCAUAGUGAGGACGAAUCUUCGAAGAACAAAAACGAUCUUUUUGGUUCAGAGGAUGAAGAUGAUUUUGGUUCCAGUAGCAAAAAAGCGACAAAUGAUGAUGACUGGGGAGAUUUUGCUUGUGGUGGCCCAGUCGAAGAAACCAAACCGACUGUUUCCAAAGAUGACGAUUUUGCUGAUUUCCAGUUUGCGGUAGCAAGUAAACCUGACGCUCCCGCAUCGAAUAAGAGCCAUGAUUUGUUUGAUCUUUUGGGUGAUGACACUUCUCCAUCUCAACAAUUUGGCGGAUUUACAUCUCAACCUAUAAUUCCUUCGGCAAGCCAGCAACAACAGCAACAACAACAGCAACAACAACAAAACCAGCAGCAAAAACCCAUAGAGGAAAAAGCUAAAAGUAUCGAACCUAUUGCGCCCACAGGUAUGUGGGCUCAAGCAUCCAAUUUUGUUUCCUUAGACUCGUUAGGAAAGAAGUCCAACGGCAGUGGCCCUACUACUGGCCCUUCGAUGAACUCAUUAAAAUCCAGUAGUGUACAAUCGGACUGGAAUAAUUGGGCAAGUAAUAACCAACAGGCGCCACCACCACCAAAAACACCCAGCAAGACCUCUGCUUUUGAUGACCUUUUGUUCUAAUUCCCUAUCUCAUCUCUUGUAUUUUUUAUAAUAAAUAUUUAUUGUGUUACACUGUUAAAGCAAAA